AUGCGUUUGUUCAUUUAUGCCAACUUUUUGGGCGUUGCUUGGGCCGGAAUUCUGAACAAUCAAAGACAAGUUCUUUUUGAAGAUGAGCAAGACAGUAUAUUGAACCAGUUAUUUGGCGAAGUGCUAACUCCACAUGUGGAAGGUGAAAUCCAAGAUUUGAGCGUUGGAAAGAAAAAAUAUGUUCUUGACGAUUCGGAAACUGAAGAAUUCCGGGCACAGUGCGGAUUUUACGAGAAUCACCGAAUAUCUUAUCCCGACGACAGUUUCCUUUCGGAUAUACAAUUAUUUUCGGGCAUUGUUACGUUUGCUCAUGUGCCAAUGGAACAAUGUUUUAAGUCCAAAGACGCGGAAAAUGCUCCAAAUUACGAUAUUGCUAUUUUGGGCGCACCUUUUGACACUUCGGUGUCUUACCGGCCAGGAGCACGUUUUGGGCCCAACAGUAUCAGACAAGGAUCAAGGCGACUUGGUCAAGGCGUCUUACCCGUUCGUGGUUUUCCUGGGUCCAAACUUCGCACUUUAGAUCCAUACAAUGCGGGCUAUAAAAUUGUGGAUUGUGGUGAUGUGCCCAUGACGCCUUUUGACAACCGGUUGGCUUUGAACGCGCUCUACCGGGGUGAAAGAGCCGUGUAUAAGCAGAGCACGAAUAGAACAGAUCUCAAGGUGCCAAAAGUUAUCACGCUUGGCGGCGAUCACACUAUUACGCUUAUGGCUCUCAGAGCAGCCUAUGAGCACCAUGGACAAAUGGCUGUCAUCCAUUUUGACUCUCAUAUCGACACUUGGGAUCCUAAGGUUCUAGGUGGCGGUAUAACUAAGACGCAAAGCAUCAAUCAUGGUACUUUCCUGCAUUUUGCACACGAAUGGGGUUACAUUAGAGACGAUAAAUCCCUACAUGUGGGUCUCAGAGCUCCAUAUUUCGAUCUUUAUGACGAAAAACACGAUCGUGAGUGCGGUUUCGACAAAAUUGUGGCUCGCGAUUUCGAUUUACUCAACUUCAAAGAAAUUGUUAAAACUAUCAAAGAUAGAGUUGGUGAUCUGCCCAUUUACCUGACUAUUGACAUCGAUGUGUUGGACCUUGCCUUUGCUCCUGGAACGGGGACCCCUGAACCUGGUGGAUUGACUUCUAGAGAGCUGCUCACCGUGCUUGACGGAUUGGAAGGUCUAAAUAUUGUCGGUGCCGAUGUCGUGGAAGUCGCACCCGCUUUCGAUUCUAAUGGCGAAAUCACAUCGAUUGUUGCUGCUCAGGUUAUCGAUUCUAUUCUUGGCUUAAUGGUGGUAAGCUAA